AUGUUUCAGCAUUACCGCGAGCCAACAUUUAAACGUUCGCUCAGAUUUACAUGGAAGAAUCGCGAAAAACCAAUGGGCACCCUCUUAUUUGGCGCCUCCGUGGAGUUCGAAAUUGGUCUCUACACGACUAUCUACUUGAUUUCCCUACGCGAUUUCAAGAAUAUGCGCAACUGGCCUUUCAUCAAUGUCAAGAUCGGUCGAGACACGAUUCGCGUCCAGUGUCACGACUUCAAAGGCCACAUUGGUUCCUGUUAUGUCAAGUAA